AAACAAAAAACCCUAACCCUAAAACCCGCACAAACAUUUCUUCCCCUCCAAAAACCCUAAAACCGUAAGAUUCGGCGGCGACGAAGGAAGGAUGCCUCCGAAGUUCGAUCCAUCUCAGGUGGUGGACGUGUUCGUCCGCGUCACAGGAGGAGAAGUAGGCGCGGCGAGCUCACUCGCCCCGAAGAUCGGGCCGUUGGGGCUGUCCCCUAAAAAGAUCGGCGAGGACAUCGCCAAAGAGACGGCCAAGGACUGGAAGGGUCUCCGAGUCACCGUCAAGCUGACAGUCCAAAAUCGUCAGGCCAAGGUCUCGGUCGUGCCGUCCGCGGCCGCGCUCGUCAUCAAAGCCCUGAAGGAGCCCGAGCGCGAUCGCAAGAAGACGAAGAACAUCAAGCACUCGGGUAACAUUUCUAUAGACGACGUUAUCGAGAUCGCACGUGUCAUGAAACCCCGAUCCAUGGCCAAGGACCUCAGCGGCACCAUCAAGGAAAUCCUUGGCACGUGCGUCUCCGUUGGGUGUACGGUCGACGGCAAGGAUCCCAAGGAUCUGCAGCAGGAGAUCGCUGAUGGGGAUGUUGAGGUCCCGACGGAGUGAGGUGGCUUCUUUGUUCUUUUCUCAAUUUCUCAAUCUUUUUUUUUUUUUUUUUUUCGUCGAGAUUUUGUUUUUAGGAGGUAUCCGUUUGGAGGGAUUUUGGUAUUUGAUUUGGAAUUAUGGAGAAUUGAGAUGUUAAUGCUUGUUAUUAUCAUUAAUUGAGGUCAUACAUGGUUUUGUUUGA